ACGAUGGACCUGGCUUACGUCUGCGAGUGGGAGAAAUGGCCCAAGAGCUCCCACUGCCCAUCAGUGGCCCUGGCCUGUGCGUGGUCCUGCCGCAACCUCAUUGCCUUCACCACAGACCUCCGAAAUGACGAUCAAGACCUGACCCACAUGAUUCACAUCCUGGACACUGAGCACCCCUGGGAUGUGCACUCCAUCGACUCGGAGCAUCGCGAGGCCAUUACGUGCCUUGAGUGGGACCAGUCAGGCUCCCGGCUCCUGUCGGCUGAUGCUGACGGACAGAUCAGAUGCUGGAGCAUGGCGGACCAUCUGGCCAAUAGCUGGGAGAGCCCAGUGGGCAGUCUGGUAGAGGGAGACCCAAUUGUGGCCCUAUCCUGGCUGCAUAAUGGGGUGAAGCUGGCCCUGCAUGUGGAAAAAUCGGCCGCCUCCAGCUUCGGUGAGAAGUUCUCCCGUGUCAAGUUCUCGCCGUCGCUCACGCUGUUUGGUGGCAAGCCCAUGGAGGGCUGGAUCGCCGUGACGGUCAGCGGCCUAGUCACUGUGUCCCUGCUCAAGCCCAGUGGCCAGGUGCUGACGUCAACCGAGAGCCUGUGCCGGCUGCGCAGCCGCGUGGCCCUGGCCGACAUUGCCUUCACGGGGGGCGGCAACAUCGUGGUGGCCACGGCGGACGGCAGCAGUGCCUCACCUGUGCAGUUCUACAAGGUGUGUGUGAGCGUGGUCAGUGAGAAGUGCCGCAUAGACACCGAGAUACUACCAUCGCUUUUCAUGCGCUGCACCACCGACCUCAACCGCAAGGACAAGUUCCCCGCCAUCACCCACCUCAAGUUCUUGGCCCGAGACAUGUCUGAGCAGGUGCUGCUCUGUGCCUCGAGCCAGACCCACAGUCUGGUUGAAUGCUGGUCGCUGCGUAAGGAGGGUCUCCCCGUGAACAACAUCUUCCAGCAGAUCUCACCCGUGGUUGGCGACAAACAGCCCAUGAUCCUCAAGUGGCGAAUCCUGUCGGCCACCAAUGACCUAGACCGGGUGUCGGCCGUGGCACUGCCUAAGUUGCCCAUCUCGCUCACCAACACCGACCUCAAGGUGGCCAGUGAUACCCAGUUCUACCCAGGCCUCGGGCUAGCCCUGGCCUUCCACGACGGCAGUGUCCACAUCGUGCACCGCCUCUCCCUGCAGACCAUGGCCGUCUUCUACAGCUCCGCAGCCCCACGGUCCAUGGACGAGCCAGCCAUCAAGCGCCCACGAAGCACGGUCCCCGCCGUCCACUUCAAGGCCAUGCAACUCUCCUGGACCUCCUUGGCCCUUGUGGGCAUUGACAACCAUGGCAAGCUGAACAUGCUGCGCAUCUCGCCCUCCAUGGGCCAUGCGCUGGACGUGCCGCUGGCCCUGCGGCACUUGCUCUUCCUGCUGGAGUACUGCAUGGUGACGGGCUACGACUGGUGGGACAUCCUGCUGCACGUGCAGCCUGCCAUGGUGCAGAGCCUGGUGGAGAAGUUGCACGAGGAGUACACGCGCCAGAGCGCUGCGCUGCAACAGGUGCUGUCCACGCGGAUCCUGGCCAUGAAGGCCUCGCUGUGCAAACUGUCGCCGUGCACGGUGACGCGUGUGUGUGACUACCACGCCAAGCUCUUCCUCAUCGCCGUCAGCUCUACUCUCAGGUCGCUGCUGCGUCCCCACUACCUCAACACCCCCGACAAGAGCCCUGGGGACCGGCUGACCGAGAUCUGCUCCAAGAUCGCCGACGUCGACAUUGAUAAGGUGAUGAUUAACCUGAAGACAGAAGAGUUUGUCCUGGACAUGAACACACUCCAGGCGCUCCAGCAGCUCCUGCAGUGGGUGGGCGAUUUCGUCCUCUACCUGCUGGCCAGCCUGCCCAACCAGGGCUCCCCGCUGCGUCCAGGCCACAGUUUCCUGCGGGAUGGCACCUCACUGGGCAUUCUCCGGGAGCUCAUGGUGGUCAUCCGCAUCUGGGGUCUGCUGAAACCCAGCUGCCUGCCUGUGUACACAGCCACCUCAGACACCCAGGACAGCAUGUCCCUGCUCUUCCGUCUGCUCACCAAGCUCUGGAUCUGCUGCCGUGAUGAGGGGCCCACCAGCGAGCCGGACGAGGCUCUGGUGGAUGAGUGCUGUCUGCUGCCCAGCCAGCUGCUCAUCCCCAGCCUGGACUGGCUACCUGUCAGCGAUGGCCUCGUUAGCCGUCUGCAGCCGAAACAACCCUUGCGGCUGCACUUUGGCCGGGCGCCCACUCUGCCGAGCAGUGCCGCCGCCUCGCAGCUUGAUGGCCUUGCCAGAGCACCAGGCCAACCAAAGAUUGACCACCUCCGCCGGUUGCACCUGGGGGCCUACCCCACUGAGGAGUGCAAGACCUGUACCAGGUGUGGCUGUGUGACCAUGCUCAAGUCGCCCAACAAGACGACAGCAGUGAAGCAGUGGGAGCAGCGCUGGAUCAAGAACUGCUUGUGUGGGGGCCUCUGGAGGCGCAUGCGGCUCAGCUACCCCUGA